UUUCCGCCAAUCAGCAGGUGACAGUUGACAGGCCCCGCCCACGCGGCCCCUCCCAGUGGCCAAUAGGCGUCGGAGCCGAGCGGUCCGUAGCCUGCCGUGUCCCACGUGACCUCCCCUCAGUGGUUCCCAGGCGGUCAUAGCGAGCAGCCCGAGAUCAUGCAUCUGCGCGCGGCGUUGUUCCUUCUCCUGGCGGCGGGCGUCCUCCUCAGUGUGGCGCCCGUCUCCCGGGCCGAGGACGCUUUAGAGGACGGCUUAGACGACGACAUGGACGUGGAGGACGAGCUGGAUCUGGGUCUGGCUGGAGCCGACGACGAAGACGAGGGACUGGAGGAAGAGGGGGAGGACGAAGCCCCGCCUCCUCCUAAGGCCCCUCCUGCACCGAAGGUGACCUACAAGGCCCCGGAGCCGAUGGGGGAGCACUUCUUUGCAGAGUCUUUUGACCGCGGGACCCUGGACGGGUGGGUUCUGUCCAAGGCCAAGAAGGAGGACGCCGACGAAGAGAUCGCCAAGUACGACGGUAAAUGGGCCGUGGAGGAGAUGAAGGACAGUAAGCUCCCUGGAGACAAAGGUCUGGUUCUGAAGUCGCGAGCCAAGCAUCACGCCAUCUCUGCCCCGCUGCUGCGACCUUUCACCUUCGACGCCGCGCCGCUCAUCAUCCAGUACGAGGUGAACUUCCAGUCUGGCAUCGACUGCGGCGGUGCCUACGUCAAGCUGCUGACCCAGACGCCGGAGCUGAACCUGGACCAGUUUGUGGACAAAACGCCGUACACCAUCAUGUUUGGACCCGACAAAUGCGGCGAAGACUACAAGCUCCACUUCAUCUUCCGGCACAAGAAUCCUAAAACUGGAGAGUUCGAGGAGAAACAUGCCAAGAAGCCAGACGCCGACCUGCGCUCCUACUUCACCGACAAGAAGACGCACCUGUUCAGUCUGGUGGUGAACCCGGACAACAGCUUUGAGGUGCUGGUGGACCAGACGGUGGUCAACAGCGGGAACCUGCUGAAGGACAUGACCCCCCCAGUCAACCCCCCCGCUGAGAUCGAGGACCCCGAAGACCAGAAACCAGAGGACUGGGACGAGAGGCCCAAGAUCCAGGACCCGGACGCCGCCAAGCCCGAAGACUGGGACGAGGACGCCCCCGCCCAGAUCCCCGAUGACAACGCCGUCAAACCAGACGGCUGGCUGGACGACGAGCCCGAGUACAUCGGAGACCCUGAUGCCAUCAAGCCUGACGACUGGGACGAGGACAUGGACGGGGAAUGGGAGGCCCCCCAGGUCCCCAACCCCGCCUGUGAGAGCGCCCCCGGCUGCGGUGAAUGGAAACGACCAAUGGUGGACAACCCCAACUACAAGGGCAAGUGGAAGCCCCCCAUGAUCGACAACCCCAACUACCAGGGCAUCUGGAAACCCAGGAAGAUCCCCAACCCGGCCUUCUUCGAGGACCUGACGCCCUUCAGGAUGACGGCCUUCAGCGCCGUGGGGCUGGAGCUCUGGUCCAUGACCUCCGACAUCUUCUUCGACAACUUCUUCAUCACCAACGACCGCAACACGGCCGACCGCUGGGCUGCUGACGGCUGGGGCCUGAAGAAGGCAGCGGAGGGCGCCGCAGAGCCCGGUCUGGCUGCGCAGAUGCUGACGGCUGCAGAGGAACGCCCGUGGCUCUGGAUCGUCUACGUUCUGACUGUUGGUCUUCCGCUAGUCCUGCUGUUUGUGUUCUGCUGCUCUGGCAAGAAGAAGAGCGCGGCUUCUCCGGCUGACUACAAGAAGACGGACGAGCCCCAGCCGGACGUGAAGGAGGAGGAAGAGGAGGAGGAAGAGGAGAAGAGUGCAGCUGCAGAGAAGAACGAGGAAGAGGACGAAGAGGAGGAGAAGAACGAGACUGGAGACGAGCAGAAGCUGGAGGACGAGCUCCGAAGAUCCCGCCGGAACCGGACCAGGAAGGACUGAGGUGCCGGUCCAAACCUUCACUCCCCCCCUCUCCUGUCCUCCUCCUCCUCUCUGAGGCCGUGACGCCUCACAGGAACCAGUGAAGCGGCGGCGGCGACGGGACGUGGUCCACCUGCAGCCCAGCAGCACCGAGUCCGACUAAAGCAUUUACCUGAAAUUCACCAAAACUUCCUGCAUCAUUCCUGAGCAGCCGUGAGGCUCCGCCCCACCUCUGCUCAUCAGCCAAUCAGCAGCCAGACUGGGUCUGCUCCAGGGACCUAACCCCCCCUCCCCCCAGUGACCCCACUAACUACUAACAGCUGCUAGUUUCUGACCGGGAGCUGGAACCUUCCCUCCUGUUCUGGUGGGCCCAUUUCGGGUCAGAACCAGGCCUUUGGUGGUCCUGUUAGACAGAAGCUGUCGCCGUGACGAUGUCGACCCCCUCCCCCGAUCACGCCACUGUGGUUCCCGUCUGUUGAUCAUGUGAUGUCAUCCGAAGGCUUCAGUCCGAGCCGGGUCAUGUCUAACUCCGCCCCCGAGCCAGAACUCUGAGGAGCUGCAGCUUCAUCGUCGUAGAUCAGCAGCACUGUGACCCCCCCCCCCCCGCAGUGCUGCGACACGUUUAAAGACUGAACACUGAACUCUGGAUCUGCUGGUGAAACUUUAACUCUAACUUAGUCGCCUCCGUGCUGGCCCGGCCCGUUUGGACCAACACGCCGCAAGAUUAGAAAAUACUGUGAUGCAGGCUGGUGUGUGCGUGUGUGUACGUACGUGUGUGAGUCGAUUUUGUUUUGAAUAAAAAGGCCAAAUGGAACCAGG